AUGGUCAACAAGUUGGCGCAACUAUAUGGUGACCCUAUUGUGCUCGAUCCGCCUGGCGAUGGCAAAGAAGUGCUAAGUCGUUUCCCUGAAUUAGGCUAUGCUUUUCCCGUUUUAUCACAGUUGAGCUGCGUACAAAAGGAUCAACUUGAGAAAGUGCUUCGAGAACAUCUCUUCGGAUAUAGGGCUAAAAGUAUAAGCGGAACAGUCACACAACUAAGUGAAAUGUCCAGUACGUGUCUCGUGGAAUUGCAACAUUUGCCAACCGACGAAAUUCGAAAAUUUCUUCUGAAUUUUGCAGGAGUUGGCCCGAAGGUUGCUGAAUGUGUGGCACUCAUGUCUCUCAAACAACACCAAUGCGUUCCAAUUGAUCGGCAUGUCUUUGAAGUAAUGGAAUUCUAUGAAGACAAAUUCGGCACGUAUGCUGGUUGGGCUCAAGCGGUGCUGUUCAAUCAACAGCUGGAAAAGUUUGUUCGUGCACCACCAAAGGAAACUAUGGUGAAGGUCGCUAAUAAUGGCAAAAUAACUAAGAAUGUUUCGGUCAAGUCGAAGCGAGAAGUCGCCUUAGUAUUCGAGGCAGAAGUCGCGCUGAAGGCGUAG